CGCCACCUCACUUCAGUGCGAGUGGUGGAGGACGAGGGAGUCCUUUACUUUUGAACGGACUUCGUUUCCUAGUUGCAUCAUGGCCCCUGGAGGAACUUCGUUGUGGCGCUCGGCAGGCUUGUCCUACCUGCAAUAUGUGAACAAGGCCGCCGUGGUUGUGCGUGCUGCCACCAAGGAACCCUUGAAGAGCAAGAUCGCGUCGCGCAGUGAAAUCGACUUUGCCGCGUGGAAGUGGGCCAACGGCGAACGUGGCACCCGCGUCGAUGUCGACUCCAUCAAGAAGGCCCAUGAAGCGUUCAAGGUUGCUGCGUAAAUUCGAAAUCAAACAAGGAACGAGGGCCCUCUUCGCGGGACUUUGCAGUAGAGGGCAAGGUAGAGCGACAGUGAACGUAUACAUAUAACCGAGUUUGACGCGGGCUCCUACCCACACACAGUAGCAUCACCAAGCGCGUGUUGACGUGUAUUCGCAUCUUCGUUUUCGGUGAUGCAGCGUAUCGCCCGAAUUACAAGUAGAUUUGACAGCGACAUGCAAUUCAACUGUCGAGUAUGGGUCGAUAUACG